AGAAAAGAAAAAGAAAAAGGAAGAGGGACGGAUAUUUCUCAAACCAUCGUCGGUUUCAUCAGAAGUGUACAAUGAUUCAAGUCAGUUGACCAAAGCGGAGCAGGCACGUGCUAAUCGCACACGCUCAUAAAUGGCUCUUAGAUAGGGUUCGUUCGCUUCAACUUUAGGGCUCUUUAUAUACGAUGGGGUCCGCCCAUCCUCUCCAUAUCUUUUAGCCCUGUCCGUCAAACAAAGCGGGAAAUGGCCGCCACGCACUCCACACACAAACGCGCUCAUUGACCCAAGCUACAGAGAGAAGAGGAGAGUCCCAAUCCCGGAGAGAUACCGACCACUCGGUGUCGAAAUCUUAACCGAUUAGUCGUCGCGGGUGGGUUUGAUGAGCGAGGAGAGAGAAGCGGAUGAUUCGAUGUCUCGGUUGCUUUAAUAAUGCGAAGGAAUCGGAUUUCUUUGUGUUGUUGAGUUUUUUCUUUUUUGCGUUUGGAGAGAGAGAAAGAGUUUUCUAGAAGCUAGGGUUUGGGGGGUUUGUGUGUCGGAGAUGGACGGAGAAUUGUUGGACGACAUCAUAAGGCGGCUUGUUGAUGCGAAGAACGGGCGGACGCCGAGGCAGGUGCAGUUGACGGAAGCGGAAAUCCGGAUGCUUUGCGUGACGUCGAAGGAGAUCUUCCUAAGCCAGCCGAAUCUUCUUGAGCUUGAAGCGCCGAUAAAGAUUUGUGGAGAUGUUCAUGGUCAGUUUUCUGAUCUUCUAAGAUUGUUUGAGUACGGUGGGUACCCACCAGAAGCAAACUAUUUAUUCCUAGGAGACUAUGUUGAUCGUGGUAAACAGAGCAUAGAGACGAUAUGCCUUCUCCUUGCAUACAAGAUCAAGUACAAGGAAAACUUCUUCCUCCUCAGGGGCAACCAUGAAUGUGCUUCCAUCAACCGAAUUUAUGGGUUCUAUGAUGAAUGUAAGAGGAGGUUUAACGUUCGCCUCUGGAAGACAUUUACUGACUGCUUCAACUGCCUUCCUGUAGCCGCUCUUAUCGAUGAGAAGAUCAUUUGCAUGCAUGGAGGUUUAUCUCCUGAAUUAAAAAACUUGGAUCAGAUCAGAAAUAUUGCUCGCCCUGUUGAUGUACCAGAUCAGGGGCUUCUCUGUGAUCUCCUGUGGGCAGAUCCUGAUAAAGAUAUUGAAGGUUGGGGAGAGAAUGACAGGGGUGUGUCUUACACAUUUGGGGCUGACAAGGUUACUGAAUUCCUUCAGAAACAUGACCUUGAUCUCAUUUGCCGAGCUCAUCAGGUUGUGGAAGAUGGGUAUGAGUUUUUUGCAAAGAGGCAGCUAGUGACCAUAUUCUCGGCACCAAAUUACUGUGGCGAGUUCGACAAUGCUGGUGCCAUGAUGAUUGUGGAUGAUACAUUAACAUGUUCCUUUCAGAUCCUUAAAUCAACUGAUAAGAAGGGAAAACUAGGCUUUGGAAACAUGUUGAGACCAGGAACGCCUCCUCACAAGGUACAGGAGCCUCAUAAAAUAGAUGAAGACAUAUCAUAAUGUGAUUUUAAAUUGAAGAAAAGAGAAACUUUUGUUUGCUUGGCCUCAUCAGCGACUUGAACGAUCUUCCAGAAUAUUAUUACUUGAAUGCUGCAUAUUUUAAAUUUAUUUGUCCAGAAUAUUAUUACGUAUUACGUCUUUACCAUGAUCAUUUGCUGGAUUAUUGAGACUAUUAAUAACCUUAUUACUAGUAGUAGUAGACAUCUUUAGCAUAUGAUUGUUUGCUGGAUUAUUGAAACUAUUAAUAACCUUAUUACUAGUAAUAGAUUGGUAGCAUUAAUAAAUGACUCAUGACAUUGUCCCAUUCCCCCUAAAUGGAUAACCCUAACUUGUGGUUAAUGAAUCAAACGUAGAACCAUCAGUUAGCUCUUAGAAACAAAAUUUCAAUUCCUUGAUAAUCAGGGAAAUUCCAGUCUCUACUGGAUAUGGCCAAUUCUAAAAGAAGUUGGCUUAUUGGAUUGGUGGUUCUUGACCUACUUUUUGAAAUUCUACUUGAAUUGGGUUUUCAUUGUUUUUCUUUUUCCUUUCUUUUCUUCCAAAGAUUCUGUUUAUUGAUUAAAGUGACAUUUAGCCAAUAACCCUACUGCAUCUCUUUUCAGGGUAAGGGUUGACUUAUCUGCACUGAAGCGAAUCUUGCGACCAGAAGGAGUGUGAUCAAUGGGGCCAUCUCUCUAUUUGCCACCUCACUUCUGAACUGUUUUCUGCUGAAAUCAUUUUGCUCCGUUUGACAUAGUUUUCUAGUCACAAAACUCGGUUUUAGUUCUGCCUUAUUUGGCAUGGAAGGCAUAAAGCCUCACAAAGCAAUAUCCAGACCUCGGAGAGCUGAUGCCCAUUGUCAAUGCAACUCUCAGGUUUUUUUUUUUUUUUUUUCUUUAUUAUGUAAAAUGCAAAUUCUGAAAUUGUUGUGUUGAAUGGUAAUUGGCGUGGGUACUCUUUAUGUUUGUUUUAUGGCAACAUCAUUUGCAUUUGCCCGCUGAA